AUGAAUCGCCAAAGACCUCGCCUUAAGAAUGGGGUCGACCUCCAGCUCCAGUCGGCCUUUCAAGACGGCAACUGGCCCGUUGUGAUCCGCCUGGCCGAGAAGCGAGCCAAGACGCUCAACGAUCAAUAUUAUGAGGCCGUCAAAAUCUGCGCCGAGAGCCAGUUGGAUGAUCCCGCUGCCAAGUUCGCCGCUGUUGCUGCUGUCUGGAAAUUUGUCAAGGAGGGAAGCACUGUCAAAGACGUAGAUGCUAUUGACCUGUUGGAAUGGGCCACGACGAACCUGCUGGACCAAGACGACUUUGCCGAGACGCUGGGUCCGUUGAGAGUGCGCGCUGUCAAGGCUGCCCCGAAGGACAAGUUUGCUGCAACUCGAUGUCUCGAAUCAUGCUUGCUUCACUGGGACCUGGCCAGCGCUCAACAGAUUGCUGCCAUCAUCGACCGCUCUUUUCCACAGGACAGGGACAUGCUGUUCUGGAACAUUGUAGUCACGCACCUUUUCUCUAUGAGUCCUCAAACCUCACCCGAUAAGAGGAAAUUAUACGGUACAUUGGCCCAAAAACAGAUUGAGCGAGCUGCCCAAGUCACAGAACAGGCUGAAGCAAACUCAAGCGAGGCAGCAGCCAAGCCUACCCCAAGACGUGUCAAAACCGAAGAAGAGACUCUCUUGCUCUACGACAUUGUCGAGACACAUGGAACCCCCCAAGACUUCCUCAAGCUCAUAUCCAGUCCCGUAUUUUCUCCCGCCGCACAAUUUCGCCAAGGCCGAAAAGAGGUAGCCCUGCGCGCAAUUGCCAAGUUCAGACGAGAUGGCGACUGGCUUGCUGUGUUCAACCUUUGCAAGGAUUGUCUCUCCGAUUGCGAUGCUGAUGGACAAUUGACUUUGCUCGCAUCCGACAUUGCUGUGUGGCGGCAUAUAAUUGAUGCUGCAGGCCAUAUCAAGGAUGUCGACCCAGAAUCUACGAGCGUUGUUCAGAAACUACUUGCAAAACUAUUAUCGUCUGAGCACAUGCGACCUAUGUACAGACGCAACAUCUUACUGGCAAGAGUCUUGGCAGUGUUCAACCUUGGUCCUAGUGAUGAAAGUGACGUGCUGGACGGUCGUCCCUCGUCACUACGACUUCGAGAGCUGAUUCACUACAUUGAUGAUCAGUAUAUUUGCCCUGCUUGCUUCAGUGAUGUCAAGACAUUGAUGGAAAACCUAGAUGCGAACGGCUUAAAGUAUCUUGCGUUUGAUCAUUUGCCUCGACUGGCAGAGGGCGAUGAGAAAAACUUCAAGGCAGCUUUCACAAGAUUGUUGACUCUAAAAACGCAGUACCUGCUAUUGACAAACCGGAAAACGAAAUCCAGAGGCCAAGAUCAACAGCUCCAAUGUACCGUUUGUGAAGCCACGGUGAAAACAGCACUAUGCAACACUUGCCUCUCGCGGCUUUCCGAGGCUAGCGUGGCGUUUUACGACUCAAUUACGAAAUCCGAUGGCGAAAACGCAAAAAUCAAGACCGAGGUGCUCCCAGAACUUGCAAUACUGAUUGCUUUUUGCAGCCUUAACUUGGCUUUCGAUGGUCCUGCACAGACUGGUCAGCCACUGGAAUCAAAGGCAGCGCGUCAUCUCAUUCGCGCUGCUCUCUUACUGGAUGACCAGCUCGCACAGAAUCCAGGUCAUAGUCAGCUAUCUCUCCUUUUGACACAACUACACAUACGUCUUGGUUCAGCCUACAGGGCCGCCGAUGUUUGGGAUGUUAUCGGCGUCAAGCGUACCAUCAUCGAUUCUCUCGGGCCCGUUUUUUACGAUCGCCUAUCAACAAUUGCCCCUGCGCUCCUAUCGUCUUAUGAUAGUUGGGGAAGCCAUCUCAUGGACCUUUUGCAAUCUCACUAUCAGAUAUCAUUGAAGCUCAGGAUGCCUCGGCGCUUGGUCGAUGCAUUUGAAUCAGGAAGCUACAGCAGCGUGAUGGGGAUACCAAAGUAUAUUGAUCGCCUGCGGAUGAGUUGUACACGGGCAAUGAGUCUAGCAGAGGCAAGGAGGAUCGAAAGACUCUUGGGACAAACAUCACAUGAGUUGGAUUCAGAUCCGCGAUUCAAUGAGGUAGAUGAUGAAUCAAAUCUCAUCCAGACAAUUGACUAUGGAUCGUUUCCAUCCUGGAACAGCAGUACAAUCCAGCCGAUGCAUCUUAACCUCAGGCUUGGACCAGCCCCAUCAAAUCGCCGGUGCCACUUGUCCCUGUUAUCCGAAGCAUUCCAUGAACUGCUGGCCUAUAAACCUCCCGCUAGCUAUAAAUCAUCGGCCGGGAGCUUGGAAUAUGAUCACAUUUAUGUUAUUGAGACAUUGGCACGCCUCGGUAACUCUUUCCCGAAGUUCUUGGCCGGUCCUGAUGACGAAAUGACUCGAUCAGAACUUUUGUACUUUGAGGCCGUCAGCCUCAUCUGUACCUUGAUGUCUCUAUGCGUCGAUUUUGACCGAUCUUCCGAUAGCUCCGACGCUUUGACUCAUAUCAUUAAUGCAUUGAAGCUGGUCCUAGCGAACCAGCGAAAUCAGAUAUUGCACGAGAAAGAAUCUUCAAUAGAUCGUACGAUUACAAUGCUGGGCUCGAUGCACAACAUGACGAUGCUUCGAGACACGACGGCGGCAAUUAAGCUAGGGUCUCAAUGGAUCUUGAACCACAGUGAGAGGGAAAAGGCGCGAGACCGGUCAGGGAAGAGCGGCCUUCCCAAGGACUUGGCUUCUCAAUUCAAAGACUUGCAGACAACUGCCGAAGCGAGCAUCAAGGAAGGCCAGGGCUGGAUCUCAGAGCUCAAGACGGAAGUCAUGUCAAGGGAUUUCGAGCCUAAACUGAAGAGAUGGCUUUUGGAUGGUGAGCAUGAGAUCAAGAGCAUUCUCAGCAUGGACUCGCUGCCUGCGCUGAUUGAUAGCUGGCAAUCAAACGUCAAGGGAUGGCAGCAGGUGAAAUGGGCGUAG